AUGAGUAGGCACCACAACAGGAGUAUAAAACCCCAGACGACUCCGGUGGAUCUCCUGAGACCUUCAGCUCACAAGGCCGCCGGAAAAAGAACAAAUGAACUCCUGGAUCGUCAUCACUGCGUACUCGUCCAGGGCCUAUCGGAGUCGAAUGCUUUUACCCCGAAGGAGAGUAUGUCCGCUGACCUCGAUAUGCUUCAAAACCUACUGAACAAGAUGCUUAAUUCAACUGAAAGCGUUACCAUUCGCGCAGCCUUCAGGAUCGGAAAGAAGAUGAGCGAACAAUCGGAAACUGUGCGGCCACGACCUCUGGAAAAUGUUUUGGGCAGUAAAGAGGAGACCAGCUUACUUCUGUCCAGCGGAGCGUCCGAGACACCGCGAAUUCAUGACGGAGCUGAAGAGGAGACUUGCAGCAGGAGAGAACAACUUGGCAAUUUUCAGGGGACGAGUGAUACAGAGGAAUGCGAUGUUGCUCUGGAACCAGCCAGUCAUCAUGAUGGCGGCAGCAACAUAAUAUUGGCAAGCCCGAGACAAACCGAACGAAGUACUGUCGAAUGUUGUAAACUUAAAUUCUUUCACAUCAAUGCUCAGAGUCUGUUUUCCAAGCUUGACGAACUGAGAAUGCAGGUAGCCGAUACUUCUUCGGAUAUUAUAGUAAAAAAAGAAACGUGGCUGUCAGGAAACGUAGGUGAUUGUGAGAUAGCACUAACAGGAUAGAAUAGAAUAGGUUUAUUACAGCGCCCCUUUGGCACUGUCAGGGUCCCUUGAACACAGAAAAAAAAACUAAAGAAAACUCAUCCAUUUCGACUGCACUUUGACUGCUUUUAUCUUGGGUGUCUCUUUAGCCAAUAGAGCGCGAAUUGAGAGUUUGUUUUAAGUUAAAAAGUACCUGAGUUCCAAAGAAACAUAACCACAAAGUUUUAAGAAAGAACGAUAUGUACAACAUAAACAUUGAAGUGUGCAGUUUGGUAGUUUCUGGGUGAGCAGGAAUAAUAUGUCCUUCAUGGAAAUUGAAGAACAUUGAUAUCGGCCUGACCUUGAAAGUUUUAUCCAGUUGGGUAAAUUUUGGUGUGUUCUUGAAAGAACCGGAAAGGCAGGUUUUGUUAAAAAGAGGAAAGGAACGUAGAGGCGAGCAAAAAGGAAGCAGGAGGUUUGUGCCGUGGUUUGAGUGUGUGUCUUUUCUCUGGAGUUUCAGGUGAGGACGGCGGACUAGUUCAAAGCGCUGUCGAAGACCCCGUGGAUAUUGUACCCCGACACCAUCUUCCUGACCACCAAGCAUCCCCUUUUACUUCCUGGGACUUGGUGCACCUCUGACUCUCCUUGUCCUCCCGUUUUCAUACCUCUCCCUCUCUCAAUGUAUUGUUUACCUGUUGCGCCUUCUUUGACUGCUCGGACCCUACCUGGUACGUUGAGAUAUUGUCUGAUCGCCUGAUGCCAAAAUCUAAGUACAGCCGUUCAGGAAAGGGGACAUCGACCCCGUCCACAUUCCCUUCAAUCGAGCGAGCCGACGUUAGUCAGGAACUAAUCCCCCAGCUGGAAACCCAGGACGACCCGCCUACUACAUUCUAGUUGGUGGUUGUCAGUCUAUCUGGUCAGCUCUAAAGGGGCGGUCGCACAUUUCCUUCGUGUUUUUCUGGAAGCUUGCCAUAUAUCAGGAGUCAGAAGCAUUCAAUGGUAAGUCGAAAUCAGAUAUGUUAAAAUAAUACUGAAUCAUGUAUCAUAUUGAAUCUUGUGAAUGUGACCUUAUAGGAGUGGUGGUUGACUGUUUACUAUGAUCUAAUAUAGUUCAUUUUAUUCAGUUUAUUUGGUAAGGAUAAUAGGCAAAGCCUUUGAAAACCCUAUUGAUUACAUGCCAGCUCGUUAGAAAUAACUGUACACGAGCAAUAAAAAUAUUCGCUAUUAAAACAGUACUUGAUUCAUAUGAGUAGCAUUGUAUCAGAGAAAAUAUUUCCGGGAUUGUGGGGUAUUAGUUCAGAUUCAGACUGUCGAGGGAAAACAUGGGACACAAAUAAUCAUCCAAACGGUUCUUGAAGAGUUGCAGAGAUGUAGCCUCCAAGACUGACUGACGGAGAUCGUCCCAUUUCUCCACUACUCUCUGCGUGAAAAAUUCAGAACGAAGAUUCAGCUUGGACAUUGUUGUCCGUGACUUCAUCGAGUUACCACGAAGAUUGGAUGAAAGGUGCCAUUAAAACACGUCCUCAAAGCUAAGUCCAUGCUCAAGGCCAUGUAUUAUCUUGUAGACGAAGAUAAGAUCACCUCUUUGCUGCCUGUAACACAGAGGGAAUAAAUUAAGGCAAUUCAGUCUGUCUGUGUAGGAUUGGCUUUUUAGACCGUUUACCAGCUUUGCUGCACGCCGUUGUACUCGUUCGAGGAAUGCCUGGUCCUUUUCUAGCCAUGGGCGUCAUGCUUUUAUGCCAAAUUCUAAGUGGGGCCGAGCAAAGGUGCCGUAAACUCUCCCAAAAUGGUCUUGGUCAAAGUUUACGAAAGCCCUUUUGAUUGCAUGCAACACUCCCAUGGCGUUUUUUGCAGCCUUGUGGCACUACAGUGUUGCUUUCAGGUUGCUAUGUAUCCAAACCCCGAGAUCCUUCUGUGAAGAUUCUGCGGGAGCCUUAUAUCUUUCAGGUGAUAUGCCCCCAGGCUCUCAUUUGAAUGAGAGUUGGUUGGACGCAGAUGAAGGACGGUACAAUUCUCCACAUUCAAAUCUAGAAGCCAUUUCCCCGACCACACUUGCCGUCGGUGCGAAUUAUCUUGAAGGGAUCUCUGAUCAUUCGGACCCUUAAUGACUUGCCAGAGCUUAACGUCGUCUGCAAACAUUAUUUUGCCGCAGUCGAGUUCCUGAAGACUGUCGUUAACGUAAAUGAUGAAGAACAAUGGUCCCAGAACUGAGCCUUGCGGCACACCACUGGUCACGUUCACCCAUUCUGACAUAUCAUCCCCGAUACAGACACGUUGUUUCCGACCAACCAGAAACGCCCUAAUCCAGUUCAGAAGAUCUCCCCGGAUGCCGAUGGCGCUCAAUUUGGAAAGAAGACGUUGGUACGGGACAGUGUCAAAAGCUUUGCGGAAAUCGAUGUAUACAACAUCGACCUCAAAACCCUCUUCUAG